AUGGAGCUGGAGGUGCCGGACGAGGCGGAGAGCGCCGAAGCCGGGGCCGUGACCUCGGAGGCGGCCUGGGCGGCGGAGAGCGGUGCGACAGCAGGUUCGGCCCAGAAAAAGACGACCCCAGUAGAGGUCCCGCUGAUGACUGGACAGCCCGGUCCUGGCCACGGGAAGAAGCUGGGUCAUCGGGGUGUAGAUGCAUCUGGCGAAACCACCUACAAGAAGACCACGUCCUCUACCCUGAAGGGGGCCAUCCAGCUGGGCAUCGGCUACACCGUGGGCAACCUGAGCUCCAAGCCGGAGCGUGACGUGCUCAUGCAGGACUUCUAUGUGGUGGAGAGCAUCUUCUUCCCCAGUGAAGGCAGCAACCUCACUCCUGCCCAUCACUUCCAGGACUUCAGGUUCAAGACCUAUGCGCCUGUUGCCUUCCGCUACUUCCGGGAGCUCUUUGGGAUUCGGCCAGACGACUACUUGUACUCGCUGUGCAACGAGCCACUUAUUGAGCUGUCUAACCCCGGUGCCAGCGGCUCCCUGUUCUACGUCACCAGCGACGACGAGUUCAUCAUCAAGACGGUGAUGCACAAGGAGGCCGAGUUCCUGCAGAAGCUGCUGCCUGGCUACUACAUGAACCUCAACCAGAACCCUCGGACACUGCUGCCCAAGUUCUAUGGGCUAUACUGCGUGCAGUCAGGUGGCAAGAACAUCCGCGUGGUUGUGAUGAACAAUGUGCUGCCACGCGUGGUCAAGAUGCACCUUAAGUUCGAUCUCAAAGGCUCCACCUACAAGCGGCGGGCCAGCAAGAAGGAGAAGGAAAAGAGCAUCCCCACCUACAAGGACCUGGACUUCAUUCAGGACAUGCCUGAGGGGCUAAUGCUUGAUGCCGACACCUUCUCUGCACUCGUCAAGACGCUGCAGCGCGACUGCCUGGUGCUGGAGAGCUUCAAGAUCAUGGACUACAGCCUGCUCCUGGGCGUCCACAACAUCGACCAGCAGGAGCGCGAGCGGCAGGCUGAGGGCGCCCAGAGCACAGCCGACGAGAAGCGGCCGCUGGGCCAGAAGGCGCUCUACUCCACAGCCAUGGAGUCCAUCCAGGGUGGCGCCGCACGCGGGGAGGCCAUCGAGACAGAUGACACGAUGGGGGGGAUCCCCGCUGUGAAUGGUCGAGGAGAGCGGCUGCUUCUGCACAUUGGAAUCAUCGACAUCCUGCAGUCCUACAGGUUCAUCAAGAAGCUGGAACACACCUGGAAGGCUCUUGUCCACGAUGGCGACACAGUCUCCGUCCACCGGCCCAGCUUCUAUGCCGAGCGCUUCUUCAAGUUCAUGAGCAACACAGUUUUCCGGAAGAACUCCUCCCUGAAGUCCUCACCGUCCAAGAAGGGCCGUGGUGCCUUGCUGGCCAUCAAGCCCCUGGGGCCGACGGCCGCCUUCUCGGCCAGCCAGAUCCCCAGCGAGCGGGAGGAUGCACAGUAUGACCUGCGGGGGGCCCGCAGCUACCCCACACUGGAGGACGAGGGCCGGCCGGACCUCUUGCCCUGCACGCCGCCAUCUUUUGAGGAGGCCACCACCGCCUCCAUCGCCACAACCCUGUCCUCCACGUCCCUCUCCAUCCCAGAGCGGUCCCCUUCAGAGUCGUCGGAGCAGCCGCGGUACAGGCGGCGCACACAGUCUUCGGGACAGGAUGGCCGGCCCCAGGAGGAAAUGCACGCGGAGGAGGACCUGCAGCAGAUCACAGUGCAGGUGGAGCCCGCGUGCAGCGUGGAGAUCGUGGUCCCCAAGGAGGAAGAUGCAGGGGAGGGGGCGUCCCCAGCCUGUGCCUCUGCCGCUGUCGAAGCGGAAACCGCCAGCCAGGCCUCCGAGCCCGCCAGCCAGGCCUCAGACGAGGAGGACGCACCCGCCACGGACAUCUACUUUCCCACCGAUGAGAGGAGCUGGGUGUACUCCCCGCUUCACUAUAGCACUCAGGCCCAGCCUGCCUCCGACGGCGAGAGCGACACAUAA